AUGCCUCGAGGAACCCAGCAAGCCGGCCAGCCAGGCGACUUCGGUGGGAUCCGUUCCGAACAGCCUCAGGACAUACGGGGUGGGAUUCGCUCCAAGCUGAAGAAGGACGAGGAAGGCAUAAAGGAUUACCUCAAAGAAGACGAGGAGAUUGAGCAAGAGGGCGGGACAUAUGGAGGUUUGAUGUGA